UUCGAUAAUCAUCAUAAUGUCACUGUCAGGGAACGGCCUACAGUUGUCGUCUAGUUAUGCCAAUGACAAACCACCAUCUUCCACAGGCAGUGGAGAUGCGGAACUGGCCAACGAUCCUGCCAGUAGUGGUUUUUUCACAACAGAUUUUAAGAGACAUGAGGAUCUGAAGACCAUGUUGGAUAGCAACAAGGACAAUCUGAAACUGGAGGCCAUGAAGAGGAUUGUCGGGAUGGUGGCAAAAGGAAAAGAUGCAUCAGACCUGUUUCCCGCUGUCGUGAAAAAUGUUGUGUCCAAGAAUUUGGAGAUUAAGAAAUUAGUUUACGUCUACCUAACCCGAUAUGCAGAAGAACAGCAAGAUCUUGCAUUGUUGUCCAUCAGUACAUUUCAGCGUGCUCUAAAGGACCCGAAUCAGCUGAUCCGCGCGAGUGCUCUGCGAGUGUUGUCGAGUGUCCGCGUGACGGUGAUCGCGCCCAUCAUGAUGUUAGCUAUCAAGGAGGCCGUCAUGGACAUGUCGCCAUAUGUGAGGAAAACAGCGGCGCACGGCAUUCCUAAACUGUACAGUCUAGAUCCAGAAACUAAAGAUCAGUUGAUGGAAGUUAUUGAAAGACUCUUGACUGACAAAACAACGCUUGUGGCUGGGAGUGCAAUUCAGGCAUUUGAGGAGGUUUGUCCUGAGAGGAUCGACCUGAUCCACAAGAACUAUCGCAAACUGGUGAACCUGUUGGUGGACGUGGAGGAAUGGGGACAGGUGGUCAUCAUCAACAUGCUGACACGCUACUGUCGCACGCAGUUCGUCAACCCAAACUUAGAAGAGGAAGCUGAAGAGGCUGAUCGGCCGUUUUAUGACGACUCUGAGAAAUCAUCUGAGGAAGAAGAUGACGAGAAAGCCAGCAGCAAGUUGAAGAAGAAAGUUUACAUCAUGGACAGUGAUCAUCGACUGCUACUACGUCAGGCCAAACCACUGCUGAACAGUCGUAAUGCUGCGGUUGUGAUGGCAGUUGCCCAACUGUAUUAUCACUGUGCUCCCAAAGCUGAAGUGGGUGUUGUGUCCAAGUCUCUGAUACGUCUCCUUAGAAACCACAAAGAAAUACAGUAUGUGGUUCUCAGUAACAUUGCAACCAUGACGAUCAGACGAAAGGGAAUGUUUGAGCCACAUUUAAAAAGUUUUUACGUGCGAUCAAGCGAUGCUCUGCACAUCAAACUCCUCAAGCUGGAGAUUUUGACAAACCUUGCUACAGAAACGAAUAUAUCAACAGUACUCCGUGAACUGCAGACGUAUGUCUUGAGUCCUGAUAAAGAGUUUGCUGCAGCUACGAUCCAGGCAAUUGGGCGAUGUGCAAGUAAUAUCUCGGAAAUCACUGACGCCUGCUUGAACGGUUUGGUACAUCUCAUGUCAAACAGAGAUGAAAGUGUAGUUGCCGAAAGUGUGGUGGUCAUAAAAAAACUACUGCAGAUGCGGCCACGCUCCCGAGUAAAACGAAAAAAAGAUCCCACGGAACACCGAGCGAUCAUCACCCACAUGGCGAAGAUGGUAGAACAGAUCACGGUGCCCAUGGCGCGGGCCAGCAUCUUGUGGCUCAUCGGCGAGUACAGUGAGAGAGUGCCCAAAAUCGCCCCCGACGUCUUGAGGAAGAUGGCAAAGACUUUCAUAACUGAGGAGGACAUAGUGAAGCUGCAGGUUUUGAACCUGUCGGCCAAGCUGUGCAUCACAAACCCGAAACAGACGAAACUUCUCUGUCAGUACGUGCUCAACCUGGCCAAGUACGACCAGAACUACGACAUCCGUGACCGCUCCAGAUUCCUACGCCAGCUCGUCUUACCAGGAGAGAAGGGUUGUGUGUUGGCUAAGUAUGCCAAGAAAAUAUUCCUCGCUACUAAACCGGCUCCUGUUCUCGAAUCAAGGUUUAACGAUAUCGACCAGUAUCAGCUGGGCACUCUGUCUCACCUGAUCAACGCCCGUGCCCAUGGUUACCAGGAGCUGCCUGAGUGGCCUGAGGUCGCCCCUGACACGACGGUUCGCAAUGUGUCGGAACCUGUCACAGCAAGUGUUGACGAGGUCAGGCAGCGGGCGGGUGCUGGCAAGAAGAAAACGGCUGAUCUGAAGUCGUUCUACUCGGAGGAUGAAUCGAGCGAGGAAGAUGAGUCUGAGAGUGAAGACGAGGAGUCGUCUGGUGAAGUGGACAGUUCGGAUGAAGAAGAAGAAUCGGACGAGGGCUCCGAGGCGUCGGGCAAAGUUUUGAAGUCCGACGCGACAAUGACGAGGUCGAUGAAUCUGACUCUGACGAUGACGACGAUGAAGAGAGUGAGGAGGAGAGUGACAGCAGCGUGGAAGAGGUGCAUGUUAUUGAAAAGAAGAAGAAACCUGUUAAGGUUUGUUAACAUUGUGGGCAUGUUUAUAGCAGUAGUACAAGAUAUCAAAGAGUCUAAAACAAGCAAAGAACCCAAGGAAAAGAAGGCGAGAGAUGAGGCAAAUCUACUUCUAGAUCUUGAUGACUUGGGGUUGUCGAGCAGCACAAGCGUUCCCGUUACCCCUGGCAACAUGCUGACUCCGACCGCGUUCACCAGCAGUAAGAGUGACACAGCCAUUAGUCAGGCAGUGGCGUCGGGAAACCUGGCCGUGCAGCCAGUCAAUGUUAAAACCAAGACAUAUGAACUCCUGAGCCGGAUGAAAGGGAACGGGUUAAAUGUAUGCUACAAAUUCACAAGGACGAUCUCCAUAUUCUCUCCCAAGAUGGUGUCUAUAGAGCUGUCUUUCACAAACCUGGGAGAAACUAAUCUACAAGCUAUAGGGAUAGGUGACAAGAAACUACAGCCUGGUAUGGAAAUCCAAGAUUUUCCUGAAAUUGCAACAUUGGCAGUAGGAGCAUCCACGUCGGUACUGAUGGGCAUCAACUACAACGACACAACUCAGCCAGCGACGUUCGAGCUGACCACGAAGGAACAGAAAUUCAACGUGAGCAUCACGGCUCCAGUCGGAGAGUUGUUACAGCCGCACACGAUGAGCGAAAUGGAGUUUACCAGCCAGCAAGGAAAGCUGUCUGGAAUGAACGAGAAUGUUUCAAAGGUCAACAUUUCCGAGAGUAACCAACCAAUGAAUGAUUUAUGUCGGUGCGUUCACACUGUGGCGAACGUACUACAGAUUCCAUCAUCCGAUGAUGCUGUUCUUAGAUUCGCUGCCAAAACAGUCGCAAUGAGUGCUCUGGUUCUCAUUACUGUGAUGAAAAACGAUGACUCGGCCAAAAUGACUGUCAAUUGUGAGAAAAUGGUGAUAGCUACAAUGCUACUGAAAGAUAUCAAGGCAGCGCUGGAAAAAUAGCGAGAGAUUUGUUAGGAAGUUCUUCAUGGAAAAUGCCAGUUAUUUAAUAUCUAUAAAAUGAUGAAUAGGCCUGACAUUAAAAAAAGAGCUUGUUUGCUGUAACACCCUCCCCCCACCAACCUACACACCCAGUUACUUUAAAUCAAGAAAAUAAUGCAUUAUGAUAGUAUUGCAUAAACCAGGUACACUUUAAAAGAUCAAAAUUUUGUUGAUUAUUUAAGUAUGUAUUUUUGUAUUUUGAAACAUUUAUGGUUGUGAUGUAAAUAAAAUAAAAAAUUAAACAAAUAUAAAGAAAAAGUAAUAAAAAGGAAAAAGCUUUAAAAGAUCUCACUGCCAAAACAAAAUGCUGAAUAUUUUUAAAAUUUAUUUGCUUCAGAAGUUGGCAUUUGUUUUCACAGUCAAAUGAGUGAAAGCUAGCCAUUUUUGUUUUGUAAUUUCCUCCACAAUUUAUGCAGACCACAGAACUGACAUGGAUGGAGCUAAUGUAGUACAUCUACUUUGUGUCGACAAGAACCGUUGUAAUGCAUCAAGAAAGUAUUGUACAUACAUCAUCGGUUGCAUUUCACACAUUAGUAUCUUGUUCUUAUUAAUUUCAUGAUUUACAGUAAUUAAUUUUUUGUUCAGCAAUACUUCCUUAUGUUUUUGUUUUGUUUUAUUUUGUUUUUAGUGUUCUCUAUACAUUUUAAAUGCAAACAUUAGGUCCUUACCAACAAACCUCUUGACUUACAAAACUUUGUUUUUUUGGUUACAGCAAAUAAAUGAUUUUAAGGAUGGCCAAACCAGGUGAUUAGUUCUUCAUAUUGGUUUUGCAGUAUUAUUUAUCAUAUAAAUCUGUUGUAUACCUGAGUUGAGUGGGAGGAUGCAUGAACAUACCUACAGUACUACAUUUGUAUAUCAUCAAUUUCAACAAAAUAAUAAUAAUAAAUACAAAAUUAUAUUUCUGCUAUACAGGGUCCACUUUAAAGAACCAAAAAAGCUCCCAACAAGUAAAAUCCUAUUACACUGAUGAAAAGAAAUAAGGAAACACAUCGAAUUGUAGACCAAAUUUAAUUCACUACUAGCGUAGUAAUGUCUGUAUUUCAUAUCAAGUUGUAAUGUGGGAUUGAAUGUCGGUAGUGUUGAAU